AGCUAUAAAUACAGAAUUUCACAUCCUUAGAGUAAAAUCAGUCAGUCCCUCAGGAAGCGUUUGUAAGACAAGACUCCAAGGCACAAUUUUAAGGGUAUCACUUACUUGGAUAAACAUAAAUUUCCACCAAAAACAACUGCAAAGUGAACGUCAGAUAUAAUGGAAGUUCUACGCAUAUUUGCAUUUAUCUCCAUGCUUCAUCUUGUACAUUUAGCACAGCAAUCUAUGGUGCAGUUGAAAAAUAAUGGAUAUGAAGAUAUUGUCUUUGCAAUUAAUCCCAACAUACCUGAGAACCCUAAGAUCAUUGAUAAAAUUAAAAGUAUGCUCACAGAUGCCUCUACUUACAUGCUUCAAGCUACAAAAAAUAAACUUUUUAUAAGAAGUGUAAAAAUUUUAAUUCCCAAUACAUGGAAAACAAAUAGCAGUUAUGGACGGCCCAAAACAGAAUCAUUUGAUAAGGCAGAUGUUAUCAUUGCUGAUCCAUUUCUACAGGGAGAUGAUCCAUACACUUUGCAAUAUGGUGGUUGCGGUGAAAAAGGAAAAUACAUCCAUCUAACUCCCAACUUCCUGCUGAAUGAUAGACUCUUACGUAUAUAUGGACCUAGAGGAAGAAUAUUUGUCCACGAAUGGGCUCACCUUCGAUGGGGUGUUUUUGAUGAAUAUAACCAUGAUCAACCUUACUAUCUUUCUGGACAACGUAAGGUGGAGGCUACGAGGUGUCCAUCAAGUAUCAACGGUCUAAAUAAAGUUGAUUUGUGCUUUGGAACAAAAUGUGAGAAGGUUGACUGUGAGUACGACAGCAGUACUGGCCUUUACGAAGAGGGAUGCUUGUUUUACCCAAACAUAGAACAAUCUGUGAAAGAAUCAAUAAUGUUUGCUCAAGGACUUGACCCAAUCCAUGAGUUCUGUGAUAAGGACAAUCACAAUUCAGAAGCGCCCAACCAACAAAAUAAAUUGUGCAAUCAACAAAGUACAUGGGAAGUGAUCAUGAAAUCUCCUGACAUGACAUCCACCACUCCAUUAACUAACACCAACAUCCCACCUCCUGUUAUCUCUUUUCUUCAAUACAGGGCCAGAGUAGUUACUUUGGUUCUUGACAUCUCAGGAAGUAUGGGUGGAUUUAAUCGAAUCAGUAGGAUGUAUCAAGCCUCAGAAGUGUACAUUAUGCAAAUUGUAGAAACAGGUGCUUAUCUUGGAAUAGUUGUGUUCUCGAGUGGUGCAGAAAUCAAGUCGGAACUUGUUAAAAUAACUGAUACUAUCCAGCGUGAACAACUGAAAACACUUCUUCCAAAAGUGGCUACUGGGGGUACCAAUAUUUGUUCCGGAGUGCACAGUGGUUUUGAGGUAAACAAAAAGCUUGAUGGAGCCACAUAUGGUACAGAAAUUGUGCUAUUAACAGAUGGUGAAGACAGUGGAAUUAGUUCUUGUUUUCCAGAGGUAGAGGCCAGUGGAGCAGUAAUUCACACCAUUGCUCUAGGUCCCAGUGCAGACAAAGCAUUAGAGCAGCUAGCAACAAUGACAGGUGGAUUAAAGCUUUAUGCAUCAGAUAGCAUUGAUGCAAAUGGUUUGAUUGACGCUUUCAGUGGGAUUGUAUCAAGCACCGGAGAUGUCACACAACAAUCUGUUCAGGUUGAGAGUACAACUCUACGUGUUCAAUCUUCACAGUGUUUGGAUGGAACAGUGUCCAUUGACAAUACUCUAGGCAAUGAUACAUUCUUUUUGGUCACAUGGGAUGCUUUAAUCCCCAAUAUUCUGUUAAGUGAUCCCAAUGGAAAACGAUAUGUAACUGUUCAGUUUGUGAGUGACCAGUUUUCCAAAUCUGCACGUCUCACGAUUCCAGGCACAGCAGAGAUAGGUGCAUGGGUAUACAGUUUGUGUAACACUCAUUCAGCAGAACAAGUGCUGGGUAUAACGGUGAACUCCAGAGCAGCUGAUGGAAAAGAGCCCCCUAUUGUGGCUGAGGCAUAUAUGAAUGCAGACUCUGCCAGUUACCCAAGCCCAUUGGUUGUGUAUGCCAUUGUAACAAAAGGCCUUUCUCCAGUUCUUGGUGUCUCUGUGACAGCUGUUAUCGAAGCACAGGAUGGAAAAACUACAACUUUAGAUCUUUUGGACAACGGAGCAGGUGCAGAUAUUCUCAAGAAUGAUGGCAUCUAUUCGAAGUACUUUAUGUCAUAUACUGGCAAUGGCAGAUACAACUUGAGAGUCCGUGUUGGGAGCAAUUCAGAUAAGAGCAAAUUAGCUGCUCCAAAAAACCGUGCCUUAUACAUGGCUGGCUUUGUUGUAAAUGGCACUAUAGAAAGUAACCCACCAAGACCAAAGCCUAGCAUUGACAACCUUAACUUGGGAAAUUUCAGUAGAACCGUAUCUGGUGGUGCCUUCGUAGUAUCUAAUGUACCUUCAGGCCCCCUACCAGAUCUCUAUAAACCUAAUAAAAUUACUGAUCUGGGUGCUGUCAUUCAAGGAACCCAAGUUAUUCUGAAGUGGACAGCAACUGGUGAUGACUUGGACCAGGGAAAUGCUACAAGAUAUGAUUUAAGAAUGAGCCUGUCCUCUGAAGAGCUGGUGAACAACUUUGUGAAUGCAACUGCUGUAAACAUCUCCUAUAUCACACCCAAGCCAGCAGGAUCCCAUGAAAUGUUUACUUUCAAACCAGAGAACAUCACUAUAUCCAACGGCACCAUCAUUUACUUUGCAUUGAUCGCUUUUGAUGAAAUCAAUCAUUCUUCUGACAUCUCUAACUUAGCAAGGGCAGUGUUGUUUUUGCCUCCACCACCGAAACCAAAGCCAGCACCAACGCCAACAUCAAAGCCCAAUUCAGCUGUUGUCAUUUCUGGGAAAAUGAGCACAAUAUUUGUAUUUAUUUCUUCAUUGAUGGCUUCUUCAGUAAUGGUUGCUAUUUUUGUUUAAACACUGGGGACUAAACUGGAAAAA